GCCGACGCCAAGCGAGAGACGAGGAAGAACAGGCAUUGCCUUUCAAAUAAUCACAGUAGCCCGCCCACUGUCCGAUGCUGUUUGCAUCGAAAAUAUUGUCGAAUGCAUGAAAAAGAUCAUCUCUGCUGUUGUGAAAGCGCUUUGCGAGUAAGAUUCUCCGCACCAAACCGAAGAGUGUGGCACCAAUACGCCUGAAGUUGUGAGCGAGAAGCUGCAGCGUGAUGGAGGUUGAGAAUAAAGAAGCAACCGAGAGCCCUGUGCCCAACGGCAGCACCCACCCACCCAAACGUGGACGAGGCAGACCACGAGGGUCUCUCAAUAAGAAGUUCCCUACCGAGAAAGCGCCGACACACAAUGCCAGGCCGUCUAAGAAGGUGGACUUCUUUUCUCCUGACAUAGUCAUAAAGAACAAGGUGAAGAAACGUGGUCGACCAAAGAAGUUAAAAAUGCCUGGCAGGCCAAGAAAGAUCCCGCUCACGCCUGAGGAAGAAUCUGAGAGACUUCAGAGGAUGAGUUUACAGCGCAAGCGGAGACUGUCAAAGCCGCUCGGAAGACCACGCAUUCAUCCCAUCACUGAAGGAUCCAAGGCUAAAAGCGCCAAACAAGCUGGUGUUGAUAUCAGCCUGGAUGCCUCCAACGGUACUCCACGAAAGAGAGGGAGGCCGGCGGGCUCGUUGAAGAGAAAGAGGGGUCGGCCCGCAGGUUCUACCAAGGUUGCCAAGAUCGCCAGGGCCUCAGAUGGAACCCCAAAAAGGAGAGGCCGCCCCCCAGGCUCUCCCAACAAGGUGAAGAAGAUUCAGCGGGCUGACGGUUCUCCUCGCAAGAGGGGCCGGCCCCCAGGCUCUGGCACCAAACUGAAGGUCAUUCAACGAAACCCAGAUGGAUCUCCUCGCAAGAGAGGCCGACCUCCAGGUUCUGGCAAAAAGGUCAAGAUUGUCGAAAAGAGAGUAGGAGACAGUCCCCGCAAGAGAGGCCGACCUCCAGGUACCGGAAAAGUCAAGGCGCAUGCUGGAGAAGGUGGAGAGACAGGAGGUGAGAACGCAGAUGGCGCUGCUCCACGUCGAAAGAGAGGACGUCCAAGCAAAGUCAGACUCGAAGUCAUGCUCGAAAAACUCCCCACGGCAGCAGCAGAAGAAGAUGAAGAGGAGACCGACGCAACCUCUCCCAAACAGUCUCGCACCUCUGAUAAUUCGUCGCAAAAUCCAAACAAUGAUGAGGAAGACACCAGGGCGAGCGAGAACGACGCAGACCCAGAAGAGGACGCCAUUGAUUGUUCAAAAGUGAACAACACAAGCGAGAACGAGAUGGUGGGCAAAUUCAAAAAAAAGAAAUGAAAAGAUAAGGGGCUUCGUUGAAAAUUGGUGGGAAUAUUUUUUGAAGGGGUUUAAUAGGCUAUGUCAAUUUUUUUUUUUAUUUUUUUUUUAAAUCUGACAAAGUAUGCUCUUGAUGUUGCCUGCCAUCCCAGACUGUAUUUUUUAUUUUUCUCUCUCUCGCUUUUAUUUUGAAGCUCAUUAACUGAUCGUUUGCUCACUGAUUGAGCACAAUUGUUUUUUGUUUUGUUUUUUUUGCAUGGGGAAAACUAUUUUGUUUGCAUAAUAAUUUUAAGCAUGCAAACUCGAAGGACAAGUAUGUAGCCUGUAAAAAUCAUGGGGUCUAAAAAGAUGCUGCACAAUUAAUGGUUCCAUUGAAAACGUUUCCAUGCUAAGCACACCUUAUUUGUUAACAAUGGCUUGUGCCAAUUAUUUCAGAGCAACUACCAAACCAGACGGUUUCAGAUGUAGUAUCCUUAUACCUGUGCAGUAGUCCAUGUGCACAGGAUUUCAAAGUAACCGAGGCAGAUUUUUUUAAUUUAAAUUGCCCAGACGGUUUUUAGUUGAUGUAGUCGUGGCUGUGAAACCUGCAGCUUUUUCGAGGAUGAUGGUUAAGUGCAUUUUUGCUGUAGUUUUAUUUCUUUUAUCAUCGUCGCUUCAUUCAUACGUCAACUCUCUAAAUUCAGUCCCGCCGAGUUCAGUGUUUUAUAGUGAAACGGUCUUAUUUUAUGCUUCGUAUCAGAUCUUUGUCUGAUAGUUCGGUAAUAUAUAGGUGUCGAGUGAUUAGUUUACGACAACCCCUCGUUUUUGCUAAAAUAUUGUGAUUGCUUUGUUUUUAAAGACAUGCUGUUGUUUUUAAAAAUGUGAAAACAUACAAAACUCUGCUUUGAUAGUAGGCCCAUGGGUCCCGGUUUUUAAUUUUCAUAUCAUUUAUGGCUUUUUAUAUACAUUUCUUGUUGCUCCUGUCUUUUUGUACUUUUUCUCCUGUAACCGUUUUUUUGUUUUCUCCUUGAUUUGCUUAGUUUGUGUAAAAGCGUAGACUUCUCUUGCUCUAAACCGUAGAUCUUGUCUUGAUUAAUUUUCAUGUAUGAUUUAGCAGUAGCUGCUGAAAACAGAUUGUUUUAGCUGAGAUCUUGCAAAUCUAGAAAUGUUCUUUCAUGUUAAUAAAACAGUUACUGUUCAAACAUGAUUGUUCAGUAGACAUUAAGUGCAUUUCAUGUACACGCUUUUUAAUUAGGUUACUCAUUUGUGCUGUAGUACGAAAGAUUUCUGUAUUACCGCUUUGUAUAAUUCAUUUCACUCUGUGAUUUGGAUGAGCAUUGUUUUGUGAUUAAUAACCAAUUAAAUCAUACCAUAUUCACC